GGCUUCGAGUCAAACACGAGUCGAGACAGUGCUGUAGAGAGAAGUAUCUGAGCAGUGCGAGAGAGAAACCACUCGAAAUCUCUGUGGAUUACUACUACCGUCAAAUAUCGCCAUUCACUGGAAUUAUAUAAUUUGGAGCACAUUUCGAUUUCUGGAUUAUAAUAUAAUUUAAGGACAAACAUGACUCUGGAAGAACUUGUUGGAUGCAACAGCACUGACAGAAAAAUGGAAACUGUGCGUGAAGCUCUCGAGGAGCUGCUAGUAGCUGCACAACGACAAAACUGUCUGACAGUAGGAGUCUACGAGUCUGCACAGCUCAUGAAUGUGGAUCCAGACAGCGUGGUCCUCUGCGUUUUAGCGACCGAUGAGGAGGACGAGAAUGACGUUGCGCUUCAGAUCCACUUCACGCUCAUCCAAGCGUUCUGCUGCGACAUCGACAUCAACAUAGUGCGCGUCUCCGGCAUGAGGCGUUUAGCACAGGUUCUCGAGGAGCCGCUCUCCACUGACAGCAACGCCAAUGAACCAAGAGACCUCCACUGCAUACUUGUAACUAACCCACAAGCCGAGCAUCUCAAGCUGAAUGAAGUAGGGAGUUACUGCAAGGAAAGCCGUUGCAGGAACCAGUGGGUGCCCUCCAUUGCCCUGCAAGAGCGUUGAGGUGCUGUGCACUGAAAUGUGCUGCAGAGAACCGGAAUAUUGAUGCUGUCCUUCAACCGUCAUGAGGACAUACUCAUCAAUUAAAGGGGACUGUCUAAUAGUCCAUUAUGGAGCUUACGCCUCCAUGUUUAUGGAAUUCUAAAAGUCACAGAAUACAAUAGAG